UUUGUGACUAACUACUCUAAUAUUUCUAACAUUUUUUAUCUUUUUUGGCAACGCCGCACAAGCAUUCGUUUAAGUUUAUAUUAAUCAUGGCUAGAAGAUACGAGCAUGGCAAUAGGCACGAUGGACAAACUCGCCCGUUACCAACAGAACCACCAUACACAUUAUAUGUAGGCAAUCUUCCAAAUGGUGUUGUUCAAGGUGAUAUAGAAGACAUAUUUCAAGGAAUGAAUGUCUCAAGUAUUCGUUUAGUCAGAGAUAAAGAAACAGACAAAUUCAAAGGGUAUUGCUAUGUUGAAUUUGAUGAUAUAGACUCUCUUAAACGUGGUCUCGAAUUAGAUGGUGCUUUGGCUGAGGGACGUCCUCUCCGUGUAGAUGUUGCAGAAGGUAGAAGAAGUGACAAAAGUGGAUUUCGAGGAGGUAGAGGUGGUGGACCUGGCUUUGAUAGGGGUGGUGGAGCAGGUCGCAACAGGUUUAGUACAGAUAGAAGUAGUCGUGGCGCUGGAAAUUUUAGAGGUGGUUAUAAUGAAAGAGAAAGUGACAGAGGAGGAAGGAGUUUUAGAGCCGCUCCAGUUAGAGAACGCAAGCCUUCACCUGAAUUUAGGGAACCUACAUCAGAGGAAGCUGCUGCAAGGCCUAGGUUAAAAUUGCUUCCCAGGUCAGUUAAGGAUCCUGUUAAUGCAGUAGCUGAUACAUCAAACAGAUCUAGCAUAUUUGGGGAAGCUAAACCUAGAGAUGAAAAGGUGGUUCCUGGAAAGAAAGAUGAUGUAUCGAAAGAUCUUGAAUGAUUUAUUGCAGAAUGAUGAACAUUUUGAUACAUUAGAUCAUCUUUGAAAAUCAUGGAUCUCAUGAAAUGAGUGUACUUCAUUCUUCUGUUUUUAUCUUCCUUUAAUAAAAGGAUAUUAUAAUUUAAUGAGAUAAAAAGUUAUUUGCUUAGGGAGACCAGGGAGCUGCUUUAUAUUUUAAGUAUGCCUCUUUGUUUUAAACAAGCUAGGCUCUCUAGUUGUUCAUUUUUAAUUCAGUAUUAGCCAUACUAUAUCAUUUUAUAAAAGUAGUUCAUAUUAGAAACUAUGGUUCUGAAAAUAACUUAUUUGUUACCUGACAUUUUAUACUACUGAAUUCCCUCUUUAGACUUUUUGAAUUCAAGAAUGAUGUUGGUAGUUUAUUUCUGUUGUUGUGAUCUUUAAAUGUCACUAAUACAAAAGUUUUUAAAUUUUCACUUGUUUAUGUUUUUGGUAAAGGAAAUUGCUUUUUUGAAGUUUUCAGCAUUUAACAAAAUUCUGUGCUUAUCAAAAUUUUUCUGUUAAGCAGUUUUCUAAAUGAAGUGGUUAAUGAAACCAUUUUGAUGCGACGUCAGUUUUUGUUGAAUUCAUUCCUGAUUUUGAAAGAAAUUAGUUCUGUACAUAACCAGUACAACAUGUCAGCACCCUAACCACUUAACAGUUUCAUUUUUCUACCAUUUUGUAACCAAAACAUAUUUUUAUAAUUAGCUUUAUAUUUAUUCAAGGAAUUCAAAUCAGCAGUCAAAACUUAUUAGUGUUGUAUAUAGUAAUGAUCUAUGAUGUAACUUAAGGUUGAACCACCCUCAUCCAGUUUCCUCAUAAGUUAUGCAUAAAAAUGUAGAUAAAAAAUAUUACUGACACAAAUGUUCAUUAAAAUGUUGAUGAAAAUAUUACAAACACGAUGGAUAAGGGCAAAAAUUUCGUAGGUAUCUGCAAAUUUUCUGCUUAUGUUUUAAAUUAGAAGUAGAUAUGAAUUUCCCGUGCUUGUUGUUUAUUUACUACCACAAGUAAUGCUAACUGACUCGUAGUAUAUUAUCCUGCGUACCGAUGCUCAAAGCUGGACAUUUUCGACAGAAAAAGAUUAUGUGAUGCUUUUACAAAAUUUUGCAGAUUUCUGCAAAAUUUUAAGACGUUUGCAAGAAAUCUGCAGAAUUACUCAAUGAUUGAAAAUUUAAAUCACGACAACCCUAUCAUUGAACUACUUUAGCUUAGUCAACUCUACACCAUUGUGUUUGUAAUAUUUUAAUAAACUGUUUUAUGUAUAAAUUAUUAGGACACUAAAUGGGAGAAGGUCAACUUAAGUUAGAUCUUAUACAAUAAUUUAAGAAUUUUUCAUUCUGGCCCAAAAAAAAAAGGCAUUUUCACAUAAGUUUUUUUUUUUGUAGAAAUUUAACUGGAAACUACAAGAUAAAUAUAGAAAAGAGCAUGUUUUAUUUAAUAAAAGUUUUUAUUUCAUUUCUAAAUUCCAUUUUGGCAAUGACACAUUUUGAGACAUAAAGGAGAAUACAAAAACAACAUGUUUCUUUUCUGAUGCAUUUCCCCAUUGUUUCUUUCCACUGGAGGACAUUACGACCAUGAAGCUGUCUUUUAGUCAACACAAAGGGAUUUGCAAUUUUACUGGCUGCCCUUUCUUGUUCUGAACUCGAGUUGAAUCAUCAGAACUUUCUAUUUCAUUGACACUAGAGAAAUUUUGUAAUGAGCAUUCAUGAUAAACACUCAUAGAGAAAUUUAAGAUUCUAUAUAAGAAUUAUAUUCUGUUGAUAGCCACUCAUUGUCUCACAUUUUUCUAUUUUGGCACAAAAUGGAAGUGGAAAGACAGUGUGUAUGAAAUUAAACAAAAGCAAACAAUAGUAAUUCUUAAUUUUCAUCCUAAAACAACAAGCUAUAGAACUUGCUCUGGAAUUGGUUUUAUAUUCUGAUUUCUACUGGAUUGCUUGACAACUAUUUGAAGUAAUAAAAAGCAAAGAAGUACAUAGAUAUAAAAGCUUGACAAAUUAGGGAAUUAUUGUAAGAAAUGCUCUGGAGCAGUGUUUGUAUAAAUUAGAGAAAACCCUUGUCGCAUCUUUAGGCAAAGCUGUUAAGUGGUUAAUAUGACAUGAAGUAACAGGUAUUUUUACAAUGCUGUGCAAUUAAUUUCCUUUAACAUUAAUGAAACACAAGAAUUGCAUAACAUGUUUUGAUUUUUCUUUAUGUAGUUAGUCUCUCUAGUUUCUAUAAAUUUAGAAC